GAACAAGUAAGCCAAAUUACUCUUUACUAUGAUGGUAUCAUUGGAUAAAUACUGCACAGAAGAACCCAAAAUGCAAAAUGUAUUUGGUGAAAAAAAAAAAAAACGUAGUGAAUUUAAAUGUAGGAUAGAAGUGACACGAUGGUGAUGUGUUGUAUGUGCUGCAUAUAAGGCAUUAUUUAUUAUUGAUUGUUUCGCACAAGAAUAACUUGGAGGAAAUGGACUUGGAAGUUUUAUUUUGGAUUGGUUUUGCCGAUGAAUAUAGAGUACAAUAAUGUAAAACAAGUGCAAGAAAAAUGAUGUCCAUAACCUGUUCCCACAGAAAGCAUCUUUCAUUCACAAAAGAAGCUGAACUGCCACUAUUGAAGUAACAAAAAAGCACAUUAAAAUUAAAAGUGACAAGAUCAAGUUUUCUUCAUCACCAUGAGUUGUUUUUGUUAGCCACGUUUCCACACAUCUAAACCACAGAAGCUCUGCGUGCAUAUCCAGUCACUGCAGACAUCACUACAUCUCGUGUCCACACUAGAUAUCUAAAUGCUAAUAAAUGGAAUGUACUAAUUUCCAUGCAGUUGUCCAAUGGCUGUAAUUUCAUAUUAACUGUAAUUAUUUUAUUGUAGUUUAGUGUACAGUUAUACUAUUGACUGUUUAUCAGAUAUUAUAAACAUAAUAAACUGCAUUUGACUAUCACAGUGGGAUGUCACUUCUUAUGAAAUGUUAUUUAUAUUUGUCUUAUCAAUGAUGUUUUCACCAAAAAAAAAUUAUUGUACAGUAUUCGUCCGAUUUAAGGCCAGAUCUCUCCUGCACGUCAUUUUAUGUGGCCAACUAGAGCAAAUAAAGUUAAUCUAAAAUAAAUGCAUGAAGAAAUUGUUCAUCUACUUUGCACACACACACACACACACACACACACUGGAAAAAACAUAACUACAACACGGACCACAGCUAAAAUUAAUUUGAGUACAGUAUUUGCUCACUGAGUGCUGCUGUUCUAAUUGUUGUUACUAAUAAAGUUUUUUCCGAUAUCGGAAGUGACGCAAUUGAACAACAACAAUGGCCGCCUGUCGCCCAAGCAUUUUUCUUCCUAUGUUUUAUCAAAGCAUCUGACACGAAAUAUUGCCCGUUCGUGUUUCACGUCGUGGCGGGGAUGGAUAUACGAAUCGGCGAGUGUGUCGUAUAGAAAGCGGGGCGGCUUCCGAGUGGACCCUUCGUGGCCAAAAUGAGCGACGUAGUGGAGAAAACGCUGACAGCUCUGCCGAGCCUCCUGUCUUUAGACUCUCAACCAGGGGCUGCCAAAUUGUCUUCCACCUCGAAACUCGGAAACCUGAUCAGAGGAAUCACAGAGCUAACGUCCAAGCAUGAGGAAGAGAAACUGAUUCAACAAGAACUGACUGCAAUUAAAGAUCAAGCUUCGUCGCCCAACACAUCCAUGAGGCAGAUGAAGGAGCUCAUGGUGCGAGCCAUCUAUUGUGAAAUGUUGGGCUAUGAGGCUUCUUUCUGCUACAUUCAUGCCAUUAAAUUGGCUCAACAAGGCACCGCAUUGGAGAAGAGAGUUGGUUACCUUGCUGUAUCCUUAUUUCUGAAUGAAAAUCAUGAACUCCUCCUCCUCCUUGUGAAUACUGUUUUAAAGGAUCUCCAGAGUACAAACCUCAUCGAAGUGUGCAUGGCUUUAACGAUUGUCAGCCAGUUGUUUCCCAAAGAUAUGAUUCCAGCAGUCCUCCCUCUAGUGGAAGAGAAGCUCACUCACCCAAAAGAAAUCAUUCGACGAAAAGCAGUUCUGGCACUGUACAAGUUUUACCUAAUCGCACCCAAUCAAGUUCAACACAUCCAUAACAAGUUCCGCAAAGCUUUGUGCGACAAGGAUCCAGGUGUUAUGACAGCCUCACUGCACAUCUACUUGCAGAUGAUCAAGGAGAACCCGGAGGGUUACAAGGACUUGACGAGCAGUUUUGUCUCCAUAUUGAAGCAAGUGGUGGGCGGAAAACUGCCAAUGGAUUAUAACUAUCAUAGUGUUCCUGCUCCCUGGCUUCAAAUUCAGCUUCUUAGGAUACUCUCCUUACUUGGGAAGUGUGACCAGAGUACAAGUGGGAUUAUGUACGAAGUCCUCGACGAGUCUUUACGAAGAGCUGAGAUGAACCAUAACAUCACUUAUGCAAUAUUGUACGAGUGUGUAAAAUGUAUUUACACAAUUCAUCCAAAAGGUGAACUCCUGGAAAAAGCUGCAAAAUGUAUUGGCAAUUUUAUUCUGUCGCCAAAGAUUAACCUGAAAUAUAUAGGCUUGAAAGCACUCACCUACGUGGUCCAGCAGGAUCCGAAACUGGCCCUGCAGCAUCAGAUGACCAUCAUAGAGUGCCUUGAUCAUCCUGACCUCAUCAUCAAACGUGAGACACUGGAGUUGCUCUUUAGGAUCACAAACGCCAAGAAUGUCACCGUCAUUGUGGAGAAAAUGCUGGAGUUCUUGCGCACUAGUAAAGAUGACUACACGACCAUUGACCUGGUGGGGAAGGUUGCAGAAGUGGCUGAAAAAUAUGCACCUGACAACAAGUGGUUAAUUGACACAAUGACCACUGUGUUCUCACUCGGUGGAGACUUGAUGCAGCCCGACAUCCCCAACAACUUCCUCAAACUGAUCUCAGAGGGGUUUGAGGACGGGGAACAAGACAGGAUGUUACGUGUUCUUGCAGUGGAUUCCUAUGUGUCUCUGCUCCAAGGAGAGCCGAGUAAGCUGCCUCAGCGCUUCCUUCAAGUCAUCAGCUGGGUCCUUGGUGAAUAUUCUCACUUGAGACUAGGUCUUGAACCAGCCACCGUUGUGAGACUUCUGGCCAAGGUUUUGGACUUGAAGCAGGCCAGUAGUGAAACCAAGAGCUGGGUCCUCUUGGCGAUGACGAAGCUGUGCGAGGGCAAAGCGUGUAUGUCUGUGCUUCAGGGAAUUUCCGAAACAUAUAGCAGCUCCAUGGACACAGUGCUGAGACAAAGGGCCCAGGAACUACAGAACCUCCACUUGAAUCCCGUGUUGCAGUCCAAGGUGCUACCUCGAGAUGCCUACAUGGAGUCUCUGGAGGUGGAUUCCUCUCUGUCGUUUUUGGAUGAGUACGUGUCCGAAGCACUGGCUGCCGGUGCUGCUCCUUAUAAGUCUCCGCAUCAACGUCAAGAAGCGCUCGGUCAGGCAAAAGCUUUAAGCCUGGAACCCUACGGCCUGUCGCUACCCAUCAAUAUGUCCUCGUGCAGUUUAGACGACAGACGAUCUCCCACCUUGCCCUCAGUGAGUUCUGGCCUGUCGGGUGACAGCGCCGACCCCUCGUACAAAGCAAGUACAACAUCUCUAAAGCUGGAUAAAGUGAAGCGAGUGUGGGGGAGGGAGGGCUACUUGGCUCAGAGGGAGUCUGCAGAAGAAUCUGCCAAGGUUGAAGUUCCCAACCCGGUCCAUUCGACCGACCAGAUUGGCGAGAUCAUAUCGCAGAACCAGACCCCACUGCCAGCCGCGGAUCAAGAAAAACAGCAGCUGGCGUCCUCACUCUUUGUUGGCCUGGGCUCCCAAAUGACUUCGUCCCCGUUGGGAAAAACUGAGGCAAAAUCCCAGAGGGUCAGGAAAAAGGCUAAAGAUGAGGUCUUGUCCACAGAAGACCGCCAACAAACAUCCAACUCCAUCAUCCCGGCUGCCAACAGUGUCGAUAAGCUGCUGUGUAACAUCCCGUCGGAGUCUAACAUGGACCCAGAACCCUCCCCUUCUCAGAUUACUGAAAGUUCUAAGGGCUCCACUGCUGAAAACGGUACCUGCGAUGCAGAGAACAAGCUCACUGAGUGUGAUGUGCAGCGACCUGAGCCCAGUCUCAUCUGGGACAAUGGUUCAAUUGCUGCUGAUUCUGUCGAGACUGAAGAACCGAUCGAAAUGAAAGACUUGCUUCCCAGCGCUCAUCUCCCUGCUGACUGCGUCGGAGCGACCCACUCCGAGAUCACUCCACUUUGUUCCAGCCACAGCGUGGCGCUGUCGGCCUGCCAUGCGCACAAACACGACUGUUUGGUGCUGGUUGUUUGGGUUUGCAACUCCUCCACCUCUGAUGUGCAACAGUUACUUAUGCAGUUGACCUCAGAAGAUGUUGAGGUGUCCAGUAUCUCUGAGAUCCCAGUGGAGGAGGUGAGGAGCUGCCAAGUACAAGUGUGUCAGUACUCCCUGACUGUGAAGAGGCCUUCAGUACAUUUUCAAGUGUCCGGCCUCAUUUCCUUCAACUUGGGCGAUGGGCCUCGUCAGACAACCCAGUUCUCGUACAAACUGCCGCUUUCCUCCUUCAUCAGGCCUUUGGCCCUGUCCACAGAGGACUAUGGUGAAAUGUGGCUGGCUUUCUCACACGAUACGAAGCAGAAACUGACGCUCGUUGCGGACGUCCAGGAUCCUCUGAGAGCAACGCUGGGAGUGCUGGAGAGGAAACUUAACCUUCAUGUGGUGGCAAUCAUAGGGACGGAAAGCAUUGUAGCUUGCCAGGUCCUGCGCAGUCAGCCAUGUUUGAUCCACUGCCGGGUGCACGGUGGCACCCUGGCCGUGUGGUUGCGCUCUCCGAUCCCAGACCUUCCCGACUGCCUGCUCUACCACUGUCAGCGAGCGUUACAGGAACUUUGAACACUCACAACUGAGCUGCAUCAGCUCCGUCUGCACCAUAGGAAGACAGCAUAGAACUGAAAGGGAGCAUCUAAUAGCUGGUAUCUGCAUUAUAAUAAUUUUCCCAUCCUCUGUAAACUUGCUGGACAGAACAUUAGGUACGCCUACACAUACAGUACACUUCUUCUUUUCCUUUCGGCUUGUCCCGUUAGGGGUCGCCACAGUGUGUCAUCUUUUUCCAUCUAAGCCUAUCUCGUGUAUCUUCCUCUCUAACACCCACUGUCUUCAUGUCCUCCCUCACAACAUCCAUCAACCUUUUCUUUGGUCUUCCUCUCGCUCUUUUGCCUGACAGCUCCAUCCUCAGCACCCUUCUACCAAUAUACUCACUCUCUCUCCUCUGAACAUGUCCAAACCAUCGAAGUCUGUUCUCUCAAACCUUGUCCCCAAAAAAUCCAACUUUGGCUGUCCCUUUAAUUAACUCAUUUCUAAUCCUAUCCAACCUGUUCACUCUCAACAUCUUCAUUUCUGCCACUGCCCAGUGCUGCUUCCUGUUGUUUCUUCAGUGCCACUGUCUCUAAUCUGUACAUCAUGGAUUACCUCACCACUCUUUUAUAAACUUUGCCCUUCAUCCUAGCGGAUACUCUUCUGUUACGAACACCAGGCACCUUCCGGCAACUGUUCCACCCCGCUUGGAGCCAUUUCUUCACUUCUUUACUGCACUCCAUUGCUCUGUGUUGUUGACCCCAACUAUUUGAAGUCGUCCACCCUCGGUAUCUCUUCUCCCUGGAGCUUCACCCUUCCCCCAACGCGCCUCUUAAUUAUGCACAUAUAUUCUGCUUUACUUUGGCUAAUCUUCAUUCCUCUCCUUUCCAGUGUGUGCCUCCAUCUUUCUAAUUGUUCCUCCACCUGCUCCCUGCUUUUUUCCCCCUACUUUGCCUACACAUUCAGUAUACCCAGGAUAAUUUUCAUUUCUGACAUAGUUAUUGAGAUACACAAGGUCAAACUAUUAGAAACACUUCAGAGCAUGUCGCACACUGCAAACUGCAGGAAACACAAUGUUCAAUUAAUAUCGCAAUUAAAACCAAUGGAGGUGUUUGUAUGUCGCAAGUGUACCUAAUGUUGUGGCCAACAAUUCAUUUCUAGUUAAAGAAGAUUUGAUUUUCUUUAAAAAAAAAAAAAAAUCCAUAUGUUUGAAAUUUUUUUAAGUUGUUGUAAAGCUGAUUGCUUUCGUAAGUUCUGGAGCCAAAUCAUUGAACCAUCAGUAUAACAUCUUCAAAUGUUGAAUGCAUCAAUGCUGAAUACUUGAAAAGGAAAGAAACCCCUUUCUUGGAUUGCUUUACAUAAAAUGUUCGAGGAUUGUCAUUUACCAAAUCUUAAAACCUGUUGCAGGAUUAGAGGGAAAAUACAACACUUUGUUCGGUAAAUUCAAUUCAGGAUUUCACUACUGAAGUUGUAAAGCAGAGACAGACUGAUUUAAAUGAAGCUGACAUAUUUUGUCUCCAAAGUAAUGCUGAUGGCUUUCUAUCACAUGUGCAAUUGUCAUGUUUUGUUUAAAUCUUUGCACUCCCCUCUCUGGUUGUCCGUUUAGUGAGAGGUGGGCAAGAACAAUUAUAUUUUUGCAUUCUCGCAGUAUUGAAUGAGUAUAUUUAUUGGAUUUAUAUUCACAAGGAAAGUAUUUUACAUGAGUUUAAAUAGAGUGAAAUGAAACAGUGUGCUGUUAAUUUACACUGUUACAGAUUAUGUGUCAGAUAUUUUAAUUUACAGGGGCGCUGUCGAGCAGCGAAACAAGAUGGCAGCAUAAUAUUGAGGCUCCGCUCAACUCCGCAUAAAAACAUUUAACUACCCAAAUAAAAGUGUAAGAGUGACUUUGGAAAAUGUCUGAGACCACAUCAACGACCAGUGUUAAAAGCUCUGGCCGGACUCGUGGCACGCAAAAGCGAAAAUCUAAUCAGCAGCACGGAGAAGAGCACGACGAGGCCUGUGAAAGCGUGGCAGACAUGGCGGCUGUGCUAACGGAGCUAAAAGCCCUCCGCUCGGAUUUUGUUUCCAAGUUUGACACCACAAACUGCCAUUUGAAAGACAUGAACAACUCUAUCAACGCUUUGAAGCAAAGCAUGGUUGAGGUCAGGAACAACGUAGCCUCAAACACAACGCCUGUAACUGAACCCGAGGAGCGUAUAUCAUCCUUGGAAGAUGAUUUGGAGGUGGUUAAAGCGCAGCUAGCUACUGCUGCUAAACGUAUCGCUCUUUUGGAAACCAAGGCGGAUGAUUUUAAGAACCGGGGGCGCCGCAAAAACCUUCGUCUGUUUGGCCUACGUGAAAAUGCUGAAAUGAAUCGGUCCUUGUUGGAGUUUGUGGAGCACGAGUUACCAACAUGGUUGGAACUAGGCGGUGACAGGAGCUUCACUCUUGAGCGUGUACACCGGACUCUGGCGCGGCCCAAACCAGGGCAAAGUAGAGCUGUGAUCAUUUGAUUUCGGAAGUUUCAAGACAGAGAAUUUGUUCUACGCACCGCUAGGCAGCUCAACCUUACCCGUGAAUAAAACAAGCUCACAUUUGCACCAGAUUUGUCGGUCGAAACCAUGCGCCAACGCAACGAGUUUAACGCGGUGAGAAAGUAGUUUGUGGAGAAAGGGCUUUACCGUGGAUUCCAGAUUUACCCCUGCAAGUUGAGAGUCCUACACGAAGGAAGAAUACAGCUGUUUGCCACGCCUAGAGAAGCUGAGGACUUUUAUCAGACAAUCACUUGAACGUUAUGGUGAGAUUCAUGAUGCAUUCUAAUGUCAGACCUUUAUAAAUUGUGCCCCUCUACCAGUUUUUGGUUUAGCUUAUAUAGUUAUUGCUCAGUGUGUGCUUGGUCAAAAUUGGUCAUUUUUAGUUAGUUUGACCUAUUACUUAUUUAUUUUUGUGGAGGGGGAAAAAGAGUAGUAAGUUUCGGGUAUGCUAGAUUUCUUAUUGUAUUGUUUAUUUAUUUUUUUAUUGGCGGGUUGGGUGGAUGCCACCAUUUAUGUUUCCAUUUUUCGUUUGCUUGAAUAGUUUUACCACUCGUCUUUAAGGUGGAUCGAUGUUAGUCCCCAUAUCUGUUUUACUUAGAGUAAGGGAUGGGGAUGUUUUAUAGAUUUUUGUCUAAAAAAGUUCAUGUUGUGUUGUUUAGUUUAAGUUGCACAGACAUUGUGUUAAUCCAAGUCACUGUUUGGAUGAUAUUGUAUUUUGUCCGAGAUACAACAGACUUCAUUUGAGAGGGAUGCAUUUCUUGAUUCACUUGUAUUUCCAGUGCUAUCACAGGAGGCAAAGCAAAACUCAGAUAACCAUCUGACAGAAGAAGAUAUUUCUGCUGCCAUUCAAAGUAUUAGCACUAAUCGUGCUCCUGGGCACGAUGGACUGACUAUAGAAUUUUAUAAAGCAUUUCUUUCCCCAAUGUUGUUCAUUCUAGCCUUAGAACCCUUGGCCAUGUCGAUUCGUAUGGAUAGAGGCUUGACGGGCAUCCAAAUUGGUGAUCAAGAUCACAGAAUCUCUCUUUUUGCUGAUGACGUCAUUCUCUUUUUGACUAAGUUAUCCACGAGCCUUCCAAAUUUAUUGGAGCAAAUUAAAAAGUUUGGUAGUUUCUCAGGUUAUGUGAUUAACGAUACAAAGUCAUCCAUUUUAUUUUUAAGUACUGAAGAGAGACUUAAUCCUGUGGUUAACACUCCUUUUUUGAACACGAGAGAUGGAUUAAUUUAUUUGGGGGUCAAAAUUUCCCCUGAUGUUAACAAUAUAGUUCAGGUUAAUUAUGACCCUUUAAUCUUGGAGGUCCAAAAGUUAUUAGACAGGUGAAUGAUUAUGCCAAUUUCAAUGUUGGCACGUAUAAACAUAGUUAAAAUGAGCGUUUUGCUGAAAUUUUCACUUUUUUUUCAAACCAUACCUCUUCCAUUACCUGACAUCUUUUUCACUAGACUAAACAGAAUGCUCCUGAAUUUUAUUUGGAAUAAUAAGAAAGACAGAUUAAGACUACGGUUGCUUUAGAUGCCUUAUGAAACUGGAGGGUUACAAUUUCCAAAUUUUAAAUGGUAUUACUGGUCUGCUCAACUACGCUCAGCUAUGUAUUAUUUUUCAACGUCACCAUCACCCUCUUGGGUAAAAGUAGAGCAAGCAACAGUACCACACCUUCUAUUAAAGUAUUAUUUAUAUUCUGAUGAGAAUAGAGUAUUAAAACGGCAGACCAAGAAUCCAUUUUUGAAAAACACUAUAGAUAUCUGGUAUAAAUCACACAAACAUAUAGGGGACACUCCUUUACUUUCACGCUUUUCUCCCAUAUGGGGUAAUGCGACUUUUAAAGCUGGAGGAGCAGAUGGGGGUUUUAAAUUAUGGGCAAAUAAUGGUAUAAAAUCAAUAGGUGACCUUUAUGUAAAUGGUGAAAUUAUCCCCAAUAAGCCUUUUUUCAAAUAUCUGCAGUUAAAACACUUUGUCAGCAUAAAUCAAAAACAUAAUGUAUGAACCCCCUUUGUCCAGUUUAGAAGAUAUUGUCCAGUCAGGUUUGCAUGGAUGUAAGCAGAUAUCUAUGUUCUAUAAAUCUCUAGUCUCACAUGAUACAGAAUCAAGUAAAAAUAGAUUGGAGGCAUGGAAACUAGAUAUUAAAGAAAAUAUUGAAGUAAUUGAUUGGGAACAUGCAUGCCUUAAAGCACAAAAACAAACAAUAAAUACUAGAAUGAGGCUAUUACAAUAUAAAUGGCUGAUGAGGACUUAUGUGACUCCUGUUAAACUUCAUCAGUGGACCCCUGACAUUCCAGACACGUGUAGUAAGUGCUCUAAUGACAAGGGUACUUUAUAUCAUUGUUUAUGGGAUUGUUGGAAAGUCAAAGAUUAUUGGAAAUCUAUUGUUCAGACAAUUUCUAUAAUAGUUGCGCAACACUGUGUAUCUUAGGUAUAUAUCCCAAGGAUUUUGCUGUUAAUAAAAAGAAGGCCACGCUUAUAGACUUUGGUCUUCUGCAGGCCAGGAGAACAAUUGCAUUAUUUUGGAAAAAAGUGGACGUUCCUCCAAUAAAAGUAUGGAUGUUGGAAAUGGCAUCUUGUGUUGCACUGAAAAGACUCACAUAUAUUACGAGAGGAAGAGCUCAGGAAUUUGAGGACAU